UCUCGGGCUGAGGACUCGCCUGGCGCCUCCCCAGACCGCCUGCUGGCCGACGCCUACUCUGGCCACGACGGGUCCCCCGAGAUGCAGCCGGCCCCCCAGAACAAGCGCCGCCUCUCCGUCGUCUCCAAUGGCUGCUACGAGGGCAGCCUCUCCGAGGAGGCCGUCAGCAGGAAGCCGGCGGGCGAGGGCCCGCAGCCCCGCGUGUACACCAUCUCCGGGGAGCCUGCCCUGCUGCCCAGCCCUGGGGCCGAGGCCAUCGAGCUGGCCGUGGUGAAGGGGCGGCGGCCGCGGGAGCGGCACCCUCACCACCACAGCCCGCCCCUGCGCGCCAGCCCGGGCAGCAGCCACACGGACGUCAGCAGGUCCUGCCAGAGCAGCUGGGCGGGCAGCCGCCAGGGCUCCAAGGAGAGUGGAUGUGCCCAGCUGGCUCCCGGCCCCUCCCCUCGGGCCUUCGGGCUGGACCCGCCACCCAUGCCCGAGGCCUCUGGCCGCCGUAAGAAGCUGGAGAGGAUGUGCAGUGUUGACCGCAUGUCGGAGCGCCUCAGCAAGCCCUGGCUUACGGUGGGCUUCGGCCUGCAGGACCAGCCUGCGUCCGCCCUCACUUGCACCCCAGGUGGCAGCCUGUUGUCUCGGGCGGGCACUGGCGACGACGAUUUUGAGGUGCCCUGGGGGAUCCGCCCCUUGCUCUCAGCAGCAUCUGGGCCUUCGCUGACCAGGUCGCAGCACCUGGUGGCCCGGCCACAGUGCAUCACCCUCCACUGCCCUUUCCUUGGGGCCCACCUUGUAGCCAGCAUUGUGUCUGGAGCACCCGUGAGGGACUUUGGGGUCAGCCACUGUCCCUGGGGAGACCCUCUGCCCUGGAGUAGGUUUGGGCAGGCCUUGUCUGUGAGCGAGUGCUGUUCCCAUGGACCCAGCUCCCAGCAGGCACUGAGGCUGCAGCAGGGCCUGGCGGGAGCCGGGCCUCAGAUGGGCAAGGUAGACUGGACACCUCUGCCUGGUCCGCUGUCCUGGAUGCCCUGCUGGGCCCCUGUCCCCGUGUCUGUGUCCCUCCUGCCUCCGGCCCAGGGCGGUGCUGACUCGCGGUGGUUUCUUAGGGUGUUCAGGGGCUACGCGGAGAGGAAGCGCCGGAAACGGGAGAAUGAUUCCGCGUCUGUAAUCCAGAGGUAGGGCCUGCCAGCGACUCGCCACCAGGCGUUCGCUGAGCGGCGCGAGCGGAGCUUCAGCCGGUCCUGGAGCGACCCCACCCCCAUGAAAGCCGACACCUCCCACGACUCCCGAGACAGUAGGUCCCCCGCCCGGCCCGACCAGGCCUUCCCAGGCCGCCAGACCCCAGCUGUGGUCCCGUCCCCGGCCGCCGGGCUUCUGCGCUCUGGCUCCGGGCCUCGGCUUACCUGUU